AAGGAGGGCUGCAGGUACCUUCACCGCUCACCAGCUCAGCUUCCAGGUGUCAGCUCGAGGUAAAAGGCUGCAGUAUGUCUAAAGCGAAAGAUUACAGUAGCCAGUCCUACAGCCCCGGGACCACCGGGCCAGCAAAGAGCCAACCGACCAACAACAAGGUGGACGGGACGGGCAAGUCCAGGGAGAAGGACGACAUGGUGGGACUCAACGACAAGUUCGUCCGGCUGAUUGACAAGGUGAAACACCUGGAGGAUGAGAACAAGAAGCUGGACACAAAGCUGAAUAUCCUGAAGGAGCAGGAGGACUACGAGGGGAAAAUCGACGACAUCGUCAAGCAGCUGGAGAACGAGAUGGAGCAGCAGAUCCAGAACUUGCUGGCUGACCGAGAAAAGCUGAGGGCCGAUCUGCUGAAGAAGCAGGAGGAGGUGGAGGACACCAAGGAGAGCUACGAGAAGGAGCUGCAGAAGAAAGUUGAACUGGAGAAUGAGUUUAUCGUCACCAAAAAGGACGUGGACGAAGGUCACCUGGAGGCUGUGGAUCUGGUUCUGGACCUGGAGGACCUUAUGGGAAAACUAGACUUCCUCAGGGUUGGAUAUGAUGAGGAGAUAAAGGAGCUGGAGUCUCAGGUCCAGAAUGAAACAGUGGUCCUGCGUGAAAGCAGCAAACGGAGUCUGGACAUGGAUGAGAUUGUUGACAGUGUCAAGAAUCAGUACGCCGACAUUGCCUCUCGCAGCAGGGAGGAAGCCGAGCAGUGGAACCAGAAGAAGAUGGACGCCAUGGUCCUGAGCGCAGGGCAACAUGAGCAGGACGUGCGUGAUUUAAAGAGGGACAUCUCAGACAUGGUGCGUGUCAUUCAGAGGCUAACCGGAGACCUGGAGGCUCUUCUGAGAAAGGAAGAGGCCCUGAAGAAGGAGAUCAACGAGGUGAGGACAGACGGAGACGCCAACCUGGGGACGGCUCGGAGGGACAUCGUCCAGCUGGAGGACGCCCUGAGGCGGGCCAAGCAGGACUUGGCCGGACAAGUCCGCGAACACCAAGAGCUGAUGAACCUGAAGCUGGCCCUGGACAUCGAGAUCGCCACCUACCGCAAGCUGCUGGAGGGCGAGGAGCAGAGAAUGAGGGAGCUCAUGCGCAACGCAGACGUUCACCUGCCAGAGAAGCGACAAGCCCCUGAACUCACUGCUGUCCCGGAAACCACCGUUACCCCUGAAGACACCGUUACCACGCCGACGUGCCCCGCCUCCAAGAAACGAGUCCUGAUCCGAGUGGAAGUGGAGGAAGGCAGAGUUGUGUCUGAAAGCUCUCAUUACUCUGAAGAUUGACUUGCACUGUCUGCCUCUUCUCAAUCAGUAUUAAAUAUACACUUAAUGUGAAGUUCAAUUUCACCUUUAAAGGUUUUAGAAUGAAGUGGAAAACAAAAUGGAGAAUUUUUGGA